GAUCUGCGGUGGAUCGUGCAAUUCGAGCAAGCCAAGGGUUCGCCGCGAGGCAGGCGGAUAAUAGAAAGUCGGGACGGUUCCCGUGCGCCUCCGGAUCAGAAUUAGGGCACGACGGAGAGCGGUAGGGGGUGGUGACGCGACUCCUCCGAGAGCGAAGGAGAGGACGGGAGAGGCGAGGCGAAAGGUUUUGAUUUUCUAGCUAUGGAGAGUACGUCAAGCGAAGAUGAUGGAUCGCUACGAGAUAACAAUAUGGACCUCAAUGAUGACAACAUGGACCACCAUAUGACGUUGGAGGUCAGCAGUCACUUGGUUGAAGCGGAUAAUCUGUUCUCUUCCCAUCAGCAGGGUGCUGAGAAUCUUGAACCAUUUGUUGGUAUGGAGUUUGAAUCUGAGGAAGCGGCAAAGCUGUUCUACAUGGCCUAUGCUAGUCGUGUGGGGUUUUCUGUGCGUAUCAGCAAGUCCCGUCGCUCAAGAAAUGAUGAGUCCAUCAUUAUGCGGCGUUUUGUGUGUUCCAAGGAGGGCUUCCAUUUGAAAAAGGGUAAUUAUGAUGAUGGCAAGAAGAAGAGAAAAAGAGCCACCAUAAGAGAAGGUUGCAAGGCAAUGAUUGAGGUAAUUCAAAAGUAUUAUGGCAGGUGGGUUGUUACGAAGCUUGUCAAGGAGCAUAGUCAUGUUGUGGCAGCACCAAACAGAGUGCGUUAUGUUGUACCUGAGGAAUAUGCUCAAGCAGACCCAUAUGUUGGAAUGGAGUUUCCAUCUCAUGAAGCUGCCCAGACAUACUAUUAUGCAUAUGCCAGCCGUAUUGGGUUUGAUGUCCGUAUUAGGCUGUCUCGUCGUUCAACAAGGGAUGAGACCUUUGUCAUGCGGCGGUUUGUCUGUACAAAAGAGGGUUUCAAUCCGUAUGAAGACAAUUACGAUGAAAACAAGAAAAAGAGAAAUCGAACUCCCACGAGGGAAGGUUGCAAGGCAAUGUUUGAAGUAAUUAAAAAAGAUUAUGAUAAAUGGAUUGUUUCUAAGCUUGUCACAGAGCAUACUCAUGAUCUUGCAAUUGCACCGAGCAAGGUGCAUUAUAUUCAGUCUCAGAGUGAAGUAGUUGUUCUUACAAAAAGUGGUACUGUUAAUCAGGAGAAGUCAGCAACUCCAUCUAACUCAAAAGCACCACUUGGAGAAUCAUUUGGGGGUUUCAAUAAUCUUCUCUCAAAUGAUCCGGAUUAUAGGAGUGAUAUGAAGAAUGUUGGGAAAAAUGCCUUUGGAGUGGAAGACACUCAAAAUCUUUUAGAGUAUUUUAAAAGGAUGCAUGCAGAGAACCAGACAUUCUCUUAUGCAUUUCAAGUUGACAAAAAUAAUUGUCUGACACAUGCAUUCUGGACCGAUGCAAAAGCUAAGAUGGCUUACUAUUGCUUUGGUGAUGCUGUUACAUUUGACACGUCAUUUAAGGAGGAUAAAAACAUGAUGCCAUUUGUCAUGUUCACAGGUGUGAAUCAUCACUUCCAGUCUGUAAUUUUUGGAUGUGCCUUGAUUACAGAUGAGACAGAAGCUUCAUAUGCUUGGUUAUUUGAGAACUGGCUACUAGCUAUGUGUGGACGCCCUCCAGUUUCACUAAUUACUGAUUUCCAUGAGGCCAUGGGGUCAUCAAUUUCAAAGGUGUUCCCAGCAACUCGUCAUCGAUGCUGCAAGUGGCAUAUAUUAAGUAAGUGCAAGGAAAAGCUGGCUAAUGUGUAUCUAACAUGUGCUACUUUUGAAGAGGAAUUGGAAAAGUGUGUCAAUGAGUCUGAAACAUUUGAAAUAUUUGAGUCACAGUGGAAAUCUAUCCUUGAUAAGUAUGACCUGGGAGAGAACUCGUGGAUGCAAUUUUUAUAUAGUAUUCGGCAAAAAUGGGUUCCCGUGUACCUUAAGGAUACAUUUACUGCAGAAAUCUCAGCAAUUCAAAGACCAGAAAGCUUGAACAAGUUCUUUGAGAAGUACUUCAACACAAAGACACCCGUACUAGUCUUUGUUUCUCUAUUUGAACAAGCGAUGGCAGGAUGGUAUGAAAGGGAAAACUUGGAAGAUUUAGCUAC